CAGGCCACGCCUCCGCAGGUUGGGAUCGCGCAGGCGCCAGCGGAAGUGAGCUGCCGGAAACGGAAGUCCCGCCUGUCGCUCUCCCUUCAGAGGCAACCGCAACGCGGAGGAGACGGUGCUGACCUGGAACCGCGGCCACUAUUACCAUGAGCCUCCUCAACAAGCCCAAGAGUGAGAUGACCCCAGAGGAGCUGCAGAAGCGGGAGGAGGAAGAGUUCAACACGGGUCCACUCUCUGUGCUCACGCAGUCAGUCAAGAACAACACCCAGGUGCUCAUCAACUGUCGCAACAACAAGAAGCUCCUGGGCCGUGUGAAGGCCUUUGACAGGCACUGCAACAUGGUGUUGGAGAAUGUGAAGGAGAUGUGGACCGAGGUCCCCAAGAGUGGCAAGGGCAAGAAGAAGUCCAAGCCAGUCAACAAGGACCGCUAUAUCUCCAAGAUGUUCCUGCGCGGGGACUCGGUCAUCGUGGUCCUGCGGAACCCGCUCAUCGCUGGCAAGUAGGGGCCUCCUCCCUGCCGUCAGAAUUCCUGCCCUCAUCCUGCGAAGACCUGCCCUUUGUAAUGGGGAUAAUAAAGUUCUCUGUUUUUUCUAGUG